AUGAAGUUGCCUACGAUUUACAAUGUCCAACUCGUGGCCAUCAUAGCCACCCUUGGCGGCAUGCUGUUCGGCUUUGACAUUUCGUCCAUGUCGGCCAUCGUGGUGACCAAACAAUACAUCGACUUCUUCCACAACCCAGCUGGUGCCCUCCAAGGCGCCAUCGGCUCUGCUCUCGCCGCGGGCUCGGUUGUCGGCUCUGCCGUCGCCGGCCCGCUCUCCGACAAGAUUGGCCGUCGCGACUCCAUCAUGUUUGCCUGCAUCUUCUGGCUCAUCGGAACCGCCGUCCAAGUGUCCUGCCAGAACGCCGGCCAGCUCAUUGCCGGUCGCGUCCUCAACGGCUUCACCGUCGGCAUCACGUCGUCUCAAGUUCCGGUUUACCUCGCCGAGAUCGCGAAGGCCGAGAAGCGCGGCUCCCUCGUCAUUAUCCAGCAACUGGCCAUCGAGUUCGGUAUCCUGAUCAUGUACUUCAUCGGCUACGGCUGCGCCUCAAUCGAGGGCACCGCUUCGUUCCGCACCGCCUGGGGCACCCAGUUCAUCCCCUGCUUCUUCCUUAUUAUCGGCCUGCCCUUCCUGCCGCGGUCGCCCCGCUGGCUCGCCAAGGUCGGUCGCGACAAGGAGGCCAUCGAGACGCUGGCCAACAUCCAGGCUGGCGGCAACACUGAGGAUCCGCGCGUCAUUGCCGAGUGGGAGGAGAUUCAGACCGUUAUGAACGCUGAGAACGCCGCCGGCAGGGGCUGGCGCAAGUUCUUCCGGAACGGCAUGUGGAAGCGCACCCUGGCCGGCAUGUCGGUCCAGGCGUGGCAGCAACUCGCCGGCGCUAACGUCAUCGUCUACUACCUCACUUACAUUGCCAGCAUGGCCGGUCUGACUGGUGACGUCGCCAUGGUUACCUCGGGCAUCCAGUAUGCCGUGUUCAUCAUCUUCACCGGCGUCAUGUGGCUCUUCAUCGACAAGACGGGCCGCCGCACUCUCCUCGUCUGGGGCGCCAUAGGCAUGGGCUUCUGCCACUUCGUCGUCGGCGGCGUCAUGGGUGCGCACAGCCGGUACGUGCCCGAGGGCGUUGGCGGCAACGCCAACGUGGUCAUUGCCGUCGACCAGGGCGCGCCCGCCAACACGGUCAUCACCUUCUCGUACCUGCUCAUUGUCGUCUACGCCCUCACGCUCGCCCCCGUCUGCUGGAUCUACGCGGCCGAGGUCUGGUCGCUCGGCACGCGCGCCACGGGCAUGUCGCUCGCCGCGCUGAGCAAUUGGGUCUUCAACUUUGCGCUCGGCAUGUUCACCCCGCCGGCCUUCAUCAACAUCACCUGGAAGAUCUUCAUCGUCUUUGGCGUGCUGUGCCUGGCCGCCGCCGCUUGGUUCUUCGUCCUCUGCCCCGAGACGUGCGGCAAGACGCUCGAGGAGAUUGAGCUGCUCUUUGCCAAGGACGCUCCCUACGCCUGGACCACCAGGAAGGGUGAGUCGCGCCUGGCGGCCGAGAUCGAGGCAGUUGCGGCCCGCCAGAAGAAGGGCGAGCACGAGGGUGUUGGUCCCGUCUCGGAGGUCGAGAAGGUUUAG